ACUUGAUAGCUUGGAGAAAAAGAAGAAACACGUGAAAUCAAAGAAAUUGCUUGAAGAAUGAAAAAAUUAUCUCUCAGAAAAUUCGUCGAACACACGGGGUGCAGAACGAAGAAACUAAUUUUAUUUGAUUUUCUAUUAGAAAGAAAAUCAAAUAACUCAUGUGCAUUACACAUUAUCCAUCCGCUACAAAAAAACUGAGUUUAGGCAACGUGGUUCUGUUUGCAAAUUAGGGUUCAAUCAACUAAUUUGUUUGUACAUUCAUAGAGAGAUGAGUAUGGCGAGAUGAAGCUUCCGAUAUGAUGAAGUCAAUUUAUACCAAAUCGAUCAGCAGGCGAUGGAGAUUGAGGCGUUGAAGGGAUAAUGAAUGAUUGGGCAGAGUGUGUGGCGGCGUGAAUGAGGGAGAAUUAUUUAAUUAGAAUUAGAAUGGGCCAUUGUUGGGUUUUAGGUUUGUUUCGGUUUGGGCGGGAAACUGCUGUAUUUAUUUAGGUUUACUCCGCCACACUUUGUGCCCGGAAAUAGAAAAGCUGAAAUGCCUUGUACGAAACCAGUCAUCCGCAAGCCGCCACCUCCGCGCCGCUGCUGCACCGACGACAGCGUUUCCGACAUUCUUAGUAGACAAUCGAUGAGACACAUUAGAAGUCGGGCUUAUUAUUUCCGGAGGUGUAAAAAGGAGAUGCCAGCAAACAUAGAGUGCCUCCCCAAAGACCUAUUGUUCGAAAUCCUCCUCCGUUUGCCGACCGAUCAUCUCUACGAGAGAGUGAGGCUCGUGUGCCGGCGGUGGUACCACAUUAUCCAUUCUCAUGCCUUCAUCAACUCGCAGAUGCACGGUUCUACCUAUGGACUCCUCCUAUCACCCAGAAAGGCUAAAGCUCUGCCACUUUAUGUAACAGCCGACGCAGACGGCGGAAUCCACACAUCUGAGCUAAAUCACAUCUCCAAAUGGGGAGUUCUUGCUACCUGCAACGGUUUAGUUCUGGAGUUGGAUAACAAACGCUUCCCUCGUCUUGCGAAUCCUGCAACGAAGCAGUCAUUCCUCCUCCCACCGUAUCCUAAAGGGGGUAUGUAUUACCCGCUCUACUAUGGUUUAGCAUGCUCUGCAGCUUCCUUAGCGUAUAAAGUGAUUGCACCAUCCCCUGUUUACCCGGCGCCACUCCGACAAAUUGACCACGGUCUUGUCGUGCUCACUGUUGGAGUCGAUGAAUCCUGGAGGAACGUCGAGGUUCACCACCUCCCCGACCAUGUCAGGCGAUGUCUCCUCCCCCAGACUCCGAUGAAUAGUGAAGGUUUCUUGCAUUGGGCAAGGGGGAGGUACUGUGCGACGAUGGAUGUGGAGACGGAGAUCAUUACACUGAGUGAAGCCCCUUAUGAGUACCAUGAAAGCAAGUAUAGAUAUCUGUCAACUGGGAGGUGUGUGUCGCUCCUGGUUGUGUGUGGGGAUCUGUCGUGGGAGGUUUGGGAGAUGAAGGCAGAGACGGGCGAGUGGAGGAAGGCGCUGCCCAACGUCGACUUGGGAGCUGAGAAAUGCAGGAUUCAACCGUUUGGUCGAGUUCUUGAGCCACUUGGUUGGGUUAAAUAUCCACAUGUUUUGGCCUUCUAUUUUACCGCCUUUUAUGGGGAGGAAUGGCGGCAUUGCAUUUUCUACAAUCUUGAUACGCAUCAACUCCACUCCAUAGAGCUACCAAAAUCCUAUAGUAUGCACUAUCGUGCUUUUCCGCAUAAAAAUAAUCUGAUAUGGCUAAGCUAAAAGAGUAUUAGAAUCGUUAUUGUUUCUAUUUGGUUUAGUUGAAAUAGCUUAUAUAUCAUAUAUAGAGAUACAUUAUUGUUUGGUUUAGUUAAAAGAGUUUAUAUAUUA